AUGAGACUGCCAGGAGUGCUAUACACAGCCAAGUUGCUAGCGAUUGUCGCUGCAUCUGCUAAGUCUGCCGAUCAUGUCCGACAGGUAGCUAUCAUCGGGGCUGGAGCGGCCGGCUCCUCCACGGCCUACUAUCUUCGCCAGUUUGCCGAGGAAGAUGGCGUCGCCGUCAACAUCACCUUGUUUGAGAAGACCGGCCGCAUCGGUGGGCGCGCGCUAACGGUCAACGCCUAUGACGACCCUGACCAACGAGUCGAGCUCGGCGCCUCGAUCUUCGUCGAGAUCAACCAGAUCCUUUGGAAUGCCACAGAAAAGUUUGGUCUCUCGCUUGAUCCGCCUGUCGGCGAGAUUGACGGAGUGCUAGGCAUCUGGGAUGGCGACAGGUUUGUCUACACACAGGACGAAACGUCAUCCAACUGGUGGAACCUCGCGAAGUUGUUUUGGAAGUAUGGUCUGGCACCGUAUCGGGCAAACAACCUGAUGCAGGCCACCGUGAGCAAGUUCCUCUCCCUUUACACGGCACCAUACUUUCCCUUCCGUUCACUGUCGGCACGGGCGUUUGAGUUGGAACUCGCUCAGGUCACCAGCCAGACAGGUGCGCAGUUUUUGGAGCAAAACAAGAUCGCGUUCCCGUUCUCGCAUGACAUCAUCCAGGCUAGCACGCGUGUAAACUAUGCAUCUAACCUGGACACAAUCCAUGGACUCGAUACAAUGGGUGCGUCACAGGUGGCAGGCGGCAACUGGAAGAUCUUUGCCAACUUUGUGCGGGACAGCAAUGCCGAUUUCCGGGACAAUACAUUGGUCAAGAGCAUUUCCUUCGCCUCUGACUCCACUAACAAGGCACCGAAGUACAACUUGAAGACAAAGUCUAGCAAGACGGCAGAGACGGCACAGUUCGAGUUCGACAACGUCGUCAUUGCUGCGCCUUACCAGUUUAGCGGCAUCAAGUCUGCUGACAGCGUACUGACGCUGGCCAUCGACGAAAUCCCGUAUGUCACGCUGUAUGUGACCCUGUUCACCUCGCCCUUGUUGCUCAGCCCGGAGUUUUUCAACCUCGAGCCGGGCACGAAAGCGCCGUCGACAGUGCUCACGACACUAGGCGCUGACGAGUCUUCCUUGUCGGAUGCAGGGAAGGCUGGCUUCUUCUCUAUCAGCACACUGCGCACAAUCACCAACCCGAGAACUGAACGGUCCGAGUACCUGUACAAGAUCUUUUCACCCAAGAAGGUGACAGCCAGCUUCUUAUCCGAGCUGCUCGGCGCCGAAGUGCCGGAAACGUUCACGGCGCCUGCGGAAACUGCCAGCGUGAUUUCGUGGUACUACCCGUAUAUCUUCCAUGCAUACCCGAAGGCGUUGCCCCGUGUCACCUUCCAAGACCCAAUCGUGGGUAAUGGCGUUUAUUACACGUCCGGCAUCGAGAGCUUCAUCUCGACCAUGGAGACGAGCGCGCUCAGUGGGAUGAACGUGGCGCGGUUGAUUGUGGACGACAUUCAGGGCCUGGCUACCGGCGAGGCCGUGGAUCCUGCGGCAUCGGCUGCAAAGGCUCAAGGCCAGCAGACAGAGGACCUGUAG